AUGGCUUAUUGGAUAAGUAACAAAGUAAACAAAAUUCGGGAUAACUUGCCCCAUAGACAUCCUAAACUGCCAGAUUUUCAUUUAGCAGAUGAAAGCUUGCCCUUCCAGAUUGGAAAAAAAAUUUCGGUUAAAGAGUAUAACGAUUUUCUUGAUCGUAACGAAUCGUCAGGAUAUAAAUUUCACUUUGAUAAAAAAAACGUCUAUAUUAUUGAAAUGGCGUAUGCUCCACAUGAAGAUGUUAUAUCAUAUCUUCAAGAUUGUUUUAAAGAACCAAAUAAUAGAGUAAAGCUUGGACCGAUAAUAGUUUCUGGUCAAUCUUACCAUUACAAUCCAAUCGGAAUUGGAGAAAAAAUAGCUCCGGACACUGCAGUUCGUCCGAGAGAGUGUCUUGUACAACGAGCAAAUCCAUAUCCUGAUUUCCCCCGCGGCGACUUCAAAAGAAAUUCCCAUGCAAGAAUAAUUUGCGAAGUUGCUAAUACUCAAAAAAUUGAUUUAUGGAACUCAAGAUGCGAAACGUGGAUGCACGAAGAAUACGUUCGUUGUGUAUUUGGAAUUAAAAUUUAUCCUAAAAUAAAUAUCAAAAGAAUUGUUCAUCAGCCAAUAAUAGCAAGAUUAUGGGUACGUCGAGCACAACCAGGUGGUGUAUUAUCCUCAAAUGCAACUUUAGCAGGAAAUGGAAUAUAUGUUAAGGAGUGGGAAUGUGGAACUAUACAUCAUAAUACUCAUAUACCAACCGGUUGUAAUGCUCCAAAUAAUAUUGAAUUUCAAGUAACUAUUCCUGUUAGAGAUGCCUUUUGGGAUCCCCCAAUUUUGGGUGGAGUUCUAAAUGUUGAAGACUAUACUGCAGUGGUACCUGAUACUGUUGUUGGCGAAAAUUUUGUUAUUGACUUAUAUGACAUACAACAAGUAGUUCUUAAUGUAAAUUAA